AUGCUCUCAGCAUCAUUUCUCGUAUUUAUUUGCGGUGUCAGCGCAAGCGCAAUCUCAAGGGCUACUGGUGGAAGUAGUCCAUGCGGAAUUCUAGCACAAAAGUCUUCUUCUGGUACGACCACCGUGACAGCAAAACUCGCAUAUGAAUGCCUUACCUCGAUUCCAAUCAACAAGGAUGCGGCAGUGAAACUUGUUGAAUCUAUUCUUCCGUAUGUAGAGUGGCAGUCAGAUCUGGAGUACCUGGAUGACCCACCAAAAGGAUACCAAGAACCCCCGAUCGAUGUGAUAGGAAGUCUUAAAGAGAUAUUACGCGAAAUCAAGAAGGGCGGAUAUGAUAGUGAGCACGAAUUUCAAGCAGAACUUUUUCAGACCUUCAACGCAGCCCACGAUGGACACUUCCGAUUCGUGCCAGAUUUAUUGAAUAGGGUGGUAUUUCGAAGGCGAGUACAGCUCGUAUCAGUCAGUAGAGAUGGCAUCGAACUCCCAAAAGUAUACGCGAAGAAUGAUAUUUACAACUACACCAAGUCAAACACUUUCAAUGCCUCUGCAAUCACUAGGAUUAAUGGACGGGACGUAAAUCGAUAUUUGGAGGACAUUUCACAGCAAGGAUUUUUACAGGAUCCAGACGCCCUAUACAAUGCCCUGUUUUACGAACUCGCGAUCGACGCCCAAUAUGCUAAUAUGCAAUAUACGGGCGCAUUUGCUGGGGCUGGACGAGCUGGUAUGACAUAUCAAGGAGCGGAGACGAAACUAGAAUUCGCGAACGGAACGUCGAGAACGUAUGAAAAUUAUGCAGAAGUGAUAGGAAAUUGGAGAGGAGUGACAGACGGCCCUUCCGCCUAUGAGAAAUUUUGUACUGGGCCCAAAAACUACGAUCCAGCUACCGAUGAUGAAGAGUUCAUGUCUGGAAAUGUCGGAUAUGCACAUGGAUACCCAACACCAAAGGGCAUCAGCUCUGAUAAACAGAUUUCGGGCUACUUUCUGGAUGACGAUCCGGCAUUUGCAGAUGUUGCGGUGCUCAGUAUGCUGUCAUUCGAACCACUUUACCCUGCCGAGUUUCAAAACGUGAUCGAAAGAUUCAUCUGGGACGCCAAAGCAGCCGGAAAGAGCAAAAUCGUGAUUGAUCUUUCCGGAAAUGGCGGAGGAGUCAUUCUCAACGGUUACGAUGCCUUUCGGCAAUUCUUCCCACAAACGGUCCAGGAUGGAUUCUCUCGUUUUAGAGAGCAUGAUGCCUUCAAUAUCAUGAGCAAGCAGAUUUCAAACUUCACGUCAGGCUUCUCCCUAGAAUCAGCAAGUACUACUCAAGUAGUUGCUUCUCAGUCUGUGCUGGACUAUCGGUUCGAUCUCAACCAGACGAAUCAGAAUUUUCUUACUUACAACGAUAAAUUCUCACCACAGAAAUUUCGCAAUGAUGAGUAUACGAGUCUGCUAAGAUGGAAUCUCAGCGAUCCGCUGUUGACAACGAGUUAUCAAUAUGGACUUGGAAUGGCCAUCACGGGUUAUGGUUCACGGCAGAAUUACAAGCAGCCAUUCGCCGCUGACGACAUCAUCAUGGUCUACGAUGGGUACUGCGCUUCAACCUGCGCCAUAUUCAGCGAAUUCAUGCGCACCCAAGGCCACGUGAAAUCCAUCGCACUCGGCGGCCGACCAAACCGCGCACUCAUUCAAGCAGUCGGGGGCACCAAAGGAACCAACAAUUAUCCAUUCUCUUAUAUUCUCUUUCUCGCCAAUAUCGCCCUCUCUACAGCUACUCCCGAAGAAGCGAAACUCUGGAAAAGUGUCAAAAGUCUAAGUCAAUUGCCAUUAGAUAGAAGUUCUGACAACUCAGUCAAUGUGAGGGAUAUGAUCCUCAGAGAUAACAUCAAGGAUGGAACUCCAGCACAGUUUCUGUAUGAAGCUGCCGACUGUCGACUUUUCUACGAGCCAGAAAUGCUACGCGACGCUCGUGCGAUUUGGAAGAAAGCUGCAUCAGUGGCCUGGGGCAGCGGGAAAUGCGUGGCCGGUAGUCUUCCGCAUAAGCAGGAGACUCAUGCGAUGAGGAAGCGGAAAGUGGAGGAGAUGAAGUUGGCAGCGAGAAGUGAGAGGGUGCCUAGAGAGUUUAAACCGCCGAGUAAAGUUUUGGAGGGGUUCAAGAGACCUGUUUUUGGCAAGAAAGUACCUUUGUGA